AUGAGCAGAUUGACUACAGUUAUCAAGAAGCUAUUAUCAGUAAGUGCUUUGCUCCUCUUCCUGAUCCGUUUUUUUCUACUCCUGGAUUUGUGUCACAGUUUUUAUGUCAGUGUGACGAGAUGUGUAUCCAUUAACAAUCCCCCUUCAUGCCUAGGCAAUAUCUUGUCUUCAGAGUCGCGGCUACUCCGUCUACGAUCUCCCGCUUAUGUCUUUGGAGAUUUUCAUGGGAACAUGGCCGAUCUCCUCACCUUCGCUCGAACGAUGUGGCCUCUAGGGAUGCAUCUGACGCCCGGAACCUUUCUGUUUCUCGGCGACUACGUAGAUCGAGGGAUGUUCGGUCUUGAGCUCCUUGCCUAUAUCUUUGCGCAAAAGAUCAUGCUUCCCGAGAAAGUGUUUCUUUUACGAGGCAACCACGAGGUGAAAGCGGUCAACGGCUUCGACAAAUACUACGGAACGAGCUGCUUCCUCGGCCAGCUCCGCGCUCGCUUCUCCGAGGACAUCGCCAUGGAGAUCUGGACUCGCGCCAACAAGGUGUUCGACUAUCUCCCCAUGGCCGCCACGAUCGACGACGUGAUUUUCUGCGUGCACGGCGGCAUCCCGCGCCCCCUCCAAGGCGAGCAAGCAGCCUCGAUCAACUCCAUCGAUCUGAUUCCCUCGCCGUUCGAACUCACGCCGACGCCCAACCCGCAAGAAAACCCCGAGCUGAAGCAGCUCGUGACGGACCUGCUGUGGUCAGACCCCGCGCAGAACCGGCAGGAAGCGUUUCUGGACCAGAACGGGUUCGGAAUGGGCGAACGCGGACCCGGCGCCGUGUGCUACGGACAGAAAGCCGUGGAGGAGUUCAUUCGCGCCAACGGGCUGUCGCAUAUUCUGAGAGCGCACGAACCGACGGCGAACGGAGUGUCGGUGAGGAAGGGAGCCAAGGUGAUUACCAUCUUCAGCACGUCGAGGGAUCACAAUUAUGAAAAUGCGUUUUGUGGAUGCAUUCUGGUCGAUGGAGAGAAUAUUAUCGCGAUUAAUCACCCGGACGUUAAUGCAGAGCAGCAGCAGCAACAGCAGCAGCAGCAACAGCAGCAGCAGCAACAGCAGCAACAGCAACAGCAGCAACAGCAACAACAGCAACAACAGCAAGUUCUGCUUUGA